ACCAGAGGCAGCAUGGAGCUGACUUACAUACUCUUCCAAAUAGCGGUCGCCCUGCUGGCGAUCAUAACCUAUUACGUCCACAAGAACUUAACCUAUUUUAAAAGCCGGGGCAUUCCCCACGAUACUCCACAUCCAAUCCGGGGAAACAUGGCUGAGUUCGCCAACACCAAGAACCUCCACGAUAUCCUUCGGGAUCACUACAAUAAGUAUCGGGACAGCAAGGCGCCCUUUGUCGGGUUCUAUCUUUUCCAAAAGCCUGCGGCAUUCAUCAUGGAUCUGGACCUUGCCAAGCACAUACUCAUCAAGGACUUUUCCAACUUCUCCAACAAGGGCCACUACUAUAAUGAGAAAAACGAUCCCAUAUCGGCGCACCUCUUCCAUUUGGACGGGCCCCAAUGGCGUUUGCUUCGGAAUAAAUUAUCCUCGACCUUCACAUCCGGGAAAAUGAAGUUCAUGUUUCCAACUGUUGUGUCCGUGGGCAACGAGUUCAUCACGGUGAUGCACGAGAAGGUGAACCAAAACGCUGUCUUGGACAUUCGCGAUCUGGUAGCCAGGUUCACGGUGGAUGUGAUCGGUACCUGCGCCUUCGGAAUCAAGUGCAACAGUCUGCGGGAUGAGAAGGCGGAGUUUCUGCAAUUUGGAAAGCGAGCUCUGGUUGAGAAGCGACAUGGAACCCUGAUCCUGGGGCUCAUGCAAAGCUAUCCCACUUUGGCCAGGCUCUUAAAACUCGAGCGAACUGCCCCCGCCAUCCAGGAGUUCUACAAGCGGAUUGUGUCUGAAACUGUGGCGGCGCGGGAAAAGGAAAAUAUCAAACGCAAUGACUUUAUGGACAUGCUCAUCGAGAUGAAGAACCAAAAGCAAAUAACUCUGGAGAACGGCGAUGUGGUCAAUGGACUCACCAUGAAUGAGGUUCUGGCCCAAGCCUUUGUGUUCUUUAUCGCUGGCUUCGAGACAUCCUCCUCCACCAUGGGAUACGCGCUGUAUGAACUGGCCAAGAAUCCCCAUAUUCAGGAAACCAGGGCUGAAAUAGAGGAAAUUCUGAUGAGGCACGAUCAGAAAUUUACCUACGAGCUCACCAAGGAUCUGAAGUUCCUCGACCAGGUUAUCAAUGAAACUCUUCGCCGCUAUACCAUCGUACCUCAGAUAGACCGCAUGGCCAGAAAGCGCUUUGUGGUUCCCGGCCAUCCCAACUUUGUCAUCGAGGCCGGUCAAUCAGUAAUCAUUCCCUCAUCUGCCAUUCACCAUGAUCCAAGCAUCUAUCCAGAUCCAUAUGAGUUCCGACCCGAGCGUUUCUCCCCUGAGGAGAUCACCAAUCGGCCUUCGGUUGCCUGGCUGCCUUUUGGAGACGGUCCCCGGAACUGCAUUGGGUUGCGAUUUGGACAGAUGCAGGCUCGCAUAGGACUCGCUCUACUUAUAAAAAACUUCAAAUUCUCAAUUUGCUCCAAGACUCCGGAUCCUCUGGUCUACGAUCCCAAAUCUUUUCUUCUGGGAAUGAAGGAAGGUUUGUUCUUGAAGCUGGAAGCAGUGUGAUGGGAGGAACUUUAGAAGAGAAGAGCUCUU